AUGGAUUUUCAUGCAUCAGCUGCUCCUUUCUCUAGAAAAAGUGUGGGCAUUGAGAAUGUUCGUCGCUCGGUCACAUAUCAUCCUACAGUUUGGGGAGAUUAUUUCCUUGAUUAUGAUUCUAACCUCACCAGCUUAAAAGAAGAAGUGAAGCAAUUGCUAUUAGAUACUCCACAUGAUUCUUUGCACAUAUUAGACCUCAUCGAGGCAAUCCAAUGUCUUGGAGUCGGUUACCAUUUUGUAACGGAAAUCGAAAAAUCUUUAAAAUAUGCAUAUGACACUUACAUUGAAAGCUGUGGCAAACAGAACAAUGAUUUUCGUACCAUUGCUCUUCGAUUUCGAUUACUUAGACAACAAGGAUAUUACGUCUCAUGUGAUGUAUUCAACAAAUUCAAGGACCACAAAGGAAAUUUUGAUGAAUCUUUGAUUAGCAAUGUACAAGGCUUGUUAAGUUUGUAUGAAGCUACACAACUUAGGGUACAUGGAGAGGAAAUUUUAGAGGAAGCACUGAAGUUUUCAACCACUCAACUCAAUUCCCUACUCCUCAAUGUGUGUAAUUCUCUGUCUACACAAAUUAAGGAAGCUUUGGAUAUACCAAUUCGUAAAACUGUGCCGAGACAUGGGGCAAAAAAAUUCAUAUCUAUUUACCAAGAAGAAUCACACAAUGAAAAACUCCUCAAUUUUGCAAAACUAGACUUCAACUUAUUGCAGAAGAUGCAUCAGAAAGAGCUAAGCGAAGUUACAAGGUGGUGGAAGGCGUUAGAGAUUGAAAAUAAGCUGCCUUUUGCAAGAGAUAGAUUAGUUGAAUGCUACUUUUGGGCAUUGGCAACAUAUUUUGAGCCCCAAUACUCUAUUGGUAGGAAAAUGCUAACCAAAGUAAUCACCAUGAUUUCUAUCGCUGAUGACAUCUUCGAUUUUUAUGGGACCCUUGAUGACCUUACACUUUUCACGGGUGCAAUUGAAAGAUGGGAUUUUAGUGUUUUAGAUCAGCUGCCGACAUACAUGCAACAUUUCUACAAAGCUAUUUUAGAUGUUUAUGUCGAAAUUGCUACUCCUCAAUGUGUGAAGCUUUGGUAUAUGUGUAAUUCUCUGUCUACACAAAUUAAGGAAGCUUUGGAUAUACCAAUUCGUAAAACUGUGCCGAGACAUGGGGCAAAAAAAUUCAUAUCUAUUUACCAAGAAGAUGAUUCACACAAUGAAAAACUCCUCAAUUUUGCAAAACUAGACUUCAACUUAUUGCAGAAGAUGCAUCAGAAAGAGCUAAGCGAAGUUACAAGGUGGUGGAAGGCGUUAGAGAUUGAAAAUAAGCUGCCUUUUGCAAGAGAUAGAUUAGUUGAAUGCUACUUUUGGGCAUUGGCAACAUAUUUUGAGCCCCAAUACUCUAUUGGUAGGAAAAUGCUAACCAAAGUAAUCACCAUGAUUUCUAUCGCUGAUGACAUCUUCGAUUUUUAUGGGACCCUUGAUGACCUUACACUUUUCACGGGUGCAAUUGAAAGAUGGGAUUUUAGUGUUUUAGAUCAGCUGCCGACAUACAUGCAACAUUUCUACAAAGCUAUUUUAGAUGUUUAUGUCGAAAUUGAGGAAGAGAUGGGGAAGAUAGAAAAGCCAUACCUUGUUCACUACGUGAUAGAAGAGAAGAAGAGACUGAUCAGAUCAUAUUUUCAAGAGGCAAAAUGGGUGUACAGUGGUUAUAUUCCAACACUGGAGGAGUAUUUAAAAGUGGGAAAACCAUCUAGCACUUGCUUAUUGUUAUCUGCAGUUGCUUUGGCAGGCAUCGGAGAGGUUGUGACCAAGGAAGCCUUUGAGUGGGUUGCAAGUGAUCCUUUAAUCCUACAGGGUUCGGAAAUAAUCGGUAGAAUAAUGAACGACAUGACAGGAUUCGGGUUUGAGCAGAAAAUAACUGCAGUUGAAUGCUACAUGAAUCAAAACAAGGGUGCCACAAAAGAGGAGGCAUUUGCAGAACUUCAAGAACUAGUUCUGGAUGCAUGGAAAGAUAUAAAUGAAGAAUGCCUUCAUCCAACCGUGGUGCCAACACCAAAAAUUCUUCUCCUGGAAAUAGUCGACAAUUAUGCACGUGCCACACAUCUUCAAUACAGAAACAUAGAUAAUUACACAAAUUCUGAAGUCAACACAAAAGAUGUCAUAACUUGUGUACUGGUUGAACCUAUGACAACACCAUGAUCAAUCGAGUAAUUAGUGGUUGUAAUAAUUGUAAAAUAAGGAGGGGCAUGGGUCUCGACCCGAAUCUACUUAUAACUUCAUCUGUAUCAUAAAUAUGAGAGUUAUCAUAGCUAUAUAGUUCA